UCCGGCCACGAAGCCUCAGGCAGUCAUGGAUCAAGUAAUGCAAUUUGUUGAGCCCAGCCGUCAAUUUGUAAAAGAUUCCAUCAGGCUUGUUAAAAGAUGCACUAAGCAAGACAGAAAAGAAUUCCAGAAGAUUGCCAUGGCAACAGCAAUAGGUUUUGCGAUAAUGGGAUUUAUUGGUUUCUUUGUGAAAUUGAUCCAUAUCCCUAUCAACAACAUCAUUGUUGGUGGCUGAACACUCAUCAAGAAGAUCUGUUACCUGAAGUUUGGAGUGAUGGACAAUGGGCGUGGGGUGGGGGUUUGUUUACUAAUAUUCCAUAAAUCUGUAUCUUGUUUAUUUACUGCUAUAAACCAGGUUAAGAUUUAAAACAAAAACAAAAAAAAACAAAAA